UUCAAGAUGGCAGCCGCUGCGGUCCGGCAUGUUGUGGCUGAUGCUGGAGCAUUUUUAAAGAAAGCUCCUUUACAUGAAAUUGGGGAAAAUAUCUAUACUCUCAAGGAUGUCGUGAAUGAAAUUCGGGAUAAACAAACAAAAAAGAACUUGGCGUUCUUACCUUACAAACUCAACUUUAAAGAGCCUUUUCCAGAAUACGUACGAUUCGUUACUGAGUUUUCGAAAAAGACAGGAGACUUCCCCAGUCUUUCUGCAACAGACAUUAAGGUCUUGGCUUUAACCUACCAGCUGGAACUGGAGAAUGUGGGUGCUGGGCACUUGAAAAAAGAACCUGCUGUACAGGUUGAAGUAUGCAGUACACAGAGACAUCCAGAAGCUCCAGUUGACAUUGCUGGUUUCCAUAUUCCCUCUAAAAAGUCCUCAAACAGACCAGAUACUGAUGUUCAGAAUCCUACAGUGUCACAUGUACCUCAGGCUGCUGAGAGCUCAGAGUUUAACAGCUUCCAGUUCUGGAGAACCCCACUGCCCAGCAUUGAAGCGGACUUACUGGAAUUGCUGGGUGCAGCCACGGUUGUGGUCACAGAUAAACUGCAGUCUGUUAACCUGUCAGGUGAUGAUCAGAAAACAGUACCUCAAACUGUAUUAGAACAGGGGGUUGAAAAUGAUGUGGUGGAGGAGGAGGAAGAUGAGGAAGAUGAUGGUGGGGGUUGGAUCACUCCCAGUAAUAUCAAUCAAGUCCAAAUGGAAGUUGGAAAUUGGCAGCAGUCAGCAGAUGUCAAAGUGGGUUGUGUUACCACAGACUUUGCCAUGCAGAAUGUUCUUAUUCAGAUUGGUCUCAAUGUACUCUCAGUGAAUGGAAUGCUUAUAAAGCAGACAAGAAACCAUGUCCUACGCUGUCAUGCCUGUUUCAAGACCACAACAAAUAUGAGCAAAACCUUUUGUCCAAACUGUGGCCACAGCACACUAAAGAAGAUUGCUGUGAGUCUCACUGAAGAUGGCAGCAUGCGAAUGCACUUCUCCAGGAACCCAAAAGUGCUCAAUCCUAAAGGCAAAAGGUAUUCCUUACCUUUACCACAAGGGGGCAAACAUGCAAAUAAUCCACAGCUGGUGGAGGAUCAGCGUUUCCCCCAGCAGAGAUUGUCUAGGAAGGCACGCCAGAAGACUGAUGUAUUUGACCCAGACUACCUAGCAGGCACCUCGCCGUUCUCGGAGCACGACGUUUACAGCAGAUCGGCCAACCUACAUCUGCGCGAUGGCCAGAGCGGAGGAGGGAGACGACGGGCCAAUCCCAAUGCUUCACGCAAGAAAUUUGUAAAGAAAAAGUGAAUCGGUGUUCACAAACUAUACUCUGGUCAUAGGAAGAUGCUGAUAACUUAUGUAGGAAGGAAGACUAUUUUACAAGCUAUUUCACAAUGCUUUCACAUGAUUAUAUAAUUAAGGUCAAACAAACAAAAGUCUUUAAGAUGCAGGAGUGAGGUUAGGAUAGACUAAGUUUAUAUUUACAUUAAGGUGUUGCCCUGCCUAAAUUAAAAAAAAACAAAAAAACAAAACAAUGUGGCAUGUUGUGGUCAAACAUUUUUAUGGUAAGUAAUCAUUUAACAAUCACUAGUCUUUAGCAUACUUAAAUAACUUGAUCAUUUGACAGGUAAAUACAGUAGUACAGGAUGUUUGACAGUUUAACAUAUUUAAAUUUAAUCUUCUAUAUCUUAUUACCUGUGUGUGUGUGUGUGUAUAUAUAUUUUCCCAAAUAAAAAUCUAAUCUGUGCCCCUUA